UUCAAGUGAUUCUCCGACUUCAGCCUCCUGAGUAGCUGAGACUACAGAAUUGACAGAGGAAAUACUGCCCUGGUAAUGUCAGAGUGAAGUGAGAAAAUACUAGUCCCGAAUUUGGGAUUUUAAAAUUAACUUUGAAAUCGGAUUGAUUUUUGGAUUUAUCAAUAAAUGAGAAGUUUUGAUAUAAUAACAAGACUGGCGGGUGUCAAGAACAUUCUGGAAUCAUGGUUCUAACACAGAUUCUGGACAUCUCCUAGUCCAACCCCUUGAGCCCAACCAGAUAGCUUUAUUGAGCUGCUCACGAUGCUUCCUGGAUCCCCACCGUCCAACUCCCUGAGAGUUGUCAGUUGGCUAGGCAUACAACAGCCUGUGGAAGAUGGCCUACCAUUCCUUCUGAUGUUCUUGCUUUAGGACUGACACUGCCUGGCCUGAAUCUGAUGUGCCAUAUGACUGACUGCCUGAUUACCUUUAUCUUCUCCCUCCUAGAUUACGGAUGAAAGUUUGGUCACCUGUGCGGAUCAGUGGGAUUAGAGACAUCAAAGCAAGUAAAAAUAAGGAAGACAAGCAGAGAAACAACAAACAAAAAGAACUCCAUCACUGAAACCGAAGGGGCACCCUCAGUGGUCCAACGGGAGUUACUCUUAUUCCUUGACCAGCAGAGGUGAGCUCUUACCAACCUGUUAGCACUCCUAUGAAAUUAUUGACAACCAUAUGUAGACUGAAGCUUGAAAAAAUGUACUCAAAGACAAAUACAUCUUCCACGAUAUUUGAAAAAGCAUGACAUGGGACAGAGAAAAUCAGCACAGUCAGAAGUGAAGGGCACCAUAUCAUCUUUAAUAGGUGGAAGGCAUGCAUAGCGAUUGGCGGUCGAUGUAAAAAUCAAUGUGACGAUAGUGAAUUUAGGAUUUCAUACUGUGAAAGACCUACAACUCAUUGCUGUGUGAGAGAAUGUGACCCUAUGGACCCAAAUAAUUGGAUCUCAGAGGACUCAGUAGGGACUCAAGAAUGGUACCCUAAAGACUCAAGUCAUUGAAGAAAUCCAUCCACAAGAAGAUGAUACAUCUUAACAAAGUCUUCACAUUAUUUCAUCACUUCAUUAAUGACCUAUAAUUUCUGUGCAUGCAUACCUAUAAUGAAUAAACAAUUAAAUAAAAUAUAUUUCAGCCUGAAAUAUUUAUAAACAUUGUGUUUGCUUGGGAGAAAGAAUCAGAAUACAAAGCAGGGAUUUGAACUCAGCAAUAGAAGCAGCAUGGAGAAGAAAAUCCAUGAUGGGACCACUACAUUUAGUGAGAUUCUGGGGUCAAUUCCUUAUUUAGUGUGAAAAGCAUAUUAUGAGUCAUUAGUGAAGUACUAUCAAGAAUUCUUUGAGGAGACUCAGGAGUGGGGACAGAGUUGAUAAGACAUGUGAUCCCUGAACUAGUAAAAAUUGUUGCAAGAAAUUUGAAGGAUUAUGAAAUCCUCAUAACUUUCUCAUAUUGCUUCUACUUCCAGGUUAUACUUUUUCUCUCUUUUUUGAAAGAAUUAUGAAAAUAAAAAUAACUGAUUUUUUUUUUCAAGAAUAAGCUCAAAAGGUAGAAUAGAGGGAGACUAGGUUGAGGAGGAAAAAGGAGUAUGGUAAAUCCCUAUAGCUUGUAGCAAUAAUAAUAAUGUGAAAUUAUGAUUAACUUUUUUGCUUUGUUUUGCUUUGUUUCACGUUUUUAAUGUUUCCACACGUUAUUAGAUGAUUCUUAUCAUGCUACUUAUUGGUGUCUUAGUAAGUUUUAAGUUAUUUAAAAAUAAUGUAACAGAAUUAUAUAUGUGUGUAUGCAUGCACACACAGUUGGUCUUAUUACCUCACCUAGAUUAAAAAUUUUCCCCUUAUUCAAACGUUUUAAAACAUCAACUCUAAAAAUAGGUGAUGGUUUUGCAGGGCUUGGUAUGUGCUAAGUAUUAGUUAAAGAAUGUUCUCCAGUCUGUGUCCUUGGCUGGCAGGCUUGGUUAUUACGUGACUUACAAUCUGUGGACUACGGCCUCAUGAAGGAAAGGGAGCUACUCACUUAAAUUUAUGUGGUAACAAGGUAUUUAAGUUGAGGCUACUUGUACCUGGUAGGUUUCUUAUGCUGC